AUGGACUCGACACACCGCCGGGUCGAGCUGCAGUCGGCGGCGGACUUGACCUACCUGAUGGCCAACGCCAAGCGCGCCGCGCGCGCAAAGAUUGACUUGCACUUGCCGCCGUCGGCGGCGCCAGAGGGCGGCGAGGACGUGCUGAGAAGGCGGGUGGAGGAAUUGGUAGACGAGUACAUCAAAAACGUAUUCGCUAGCGCAAGGCAUGGCAUCAGCGUCAACGGCGUGGCGGCUGGCGAGGUGGAGGAGGAGGUCACAGAAGAAUUCGAGCCCAUCGAUACCCGUCUCGUGGACAAGAUCCGCGCGCUCGAGGCGCAGAAGGAAUCGCUCACCGAGAAAGUCGCGGACCUGCGCCGCGAGGCACCCAAGAAGGCGGCCGGCGCGUACGAAGCCGCAUACUUGAUGGAGGCGCAGAAGGCGGCGCGUCUGGCCCGCGAAAGGGAAGAGGCUGCGGUUCGCGCCGCAGCGGAUGAGACGAGACUAGAUGCCGGCGACAUGCGUCGGUGGGACGACGUGCGGCAGAUGUGGGAGAGGGGCACCCAGAGCCUCGUGGACCUGAAGGAUGCGCUGCCAGAGACGGCGGCGCGAUUGAAGCGGGCGGAGACGGUGGCGCAGCACCUGGAGGGCAAGUCAUGA